AUGGCAGAUUUAACCAACUGCGCAUCUAUUGUUGCUACUGUAGAAUCUCUUACUAAUAAUGAAAAAGUUAAAACUUCACGUACUACUCCUCGUGACAUUAGUGAAGUUGGUUGGAUAUUUGUUCAAGAAUAUUACACCUUUUUACAUAAAGAACCCAAUCGACUUCAUUGUUUUUACGGUCAAGCUUCUCAUUUUAUUCAUGGAAGUGAGGGUGAACAAGUAAGAACUCUGAUUGGUGAAAAGGAAAUCAACGAGAAAAUUAAAUCAUUAAAUUUUAAUAAUUGUAAGGUUGCUGUGACAAAUGUCGAUUGUCAAGCUUCAAAAGAUGAUGGAAUUCUUAUUCAAGUCUUGGGAUUGAUGACCACAAAAACAUCAAUUGUUCACGAGCACAUCGAAAAUUCUGUUGAAAAGAGAGCUGAUUUAAAUAAAGAGAAAAAUGAAACUUUAAGGGAAAAAAGACAGAUCACAUCUUCCAUUGGUCAAAUUGCACAAGGUAUUAUGCCAAUUUUGAAUCCAAGAAAAGCUUCAAUCCUAAAACAACUCAAAGAUGAAGAAAUAUCAUUACAAAGAAAGGAAGAACAAAUUGAAAAAGACAAGAAAAAAUAUGUAAUGCCUCAUUCUAUACCUUUAGGAUAUGAUAGAUUUUAUAACAAGUAUUUUUAUUUUGAUGGUUUGGGUAUAACAGUUGGAGAAAAAUAUGGUACAGGUAAAAUUUGGGUACAAGUUCCCCAGGAACAAGAUUUGAGAAUGUUAACUGAUAGAGAUGUGCACCAUUAUUACAAAAGAAAAAAAGCUGAAGAUUCAGUGAACAGAGAAUCUGUAUUGAAGAAUAAACUUUUAAAUCACUAUCAAGAACUUUCGGCUUGUUUAAUGAAAAGGAAACAGGAUUUGACCACACCUUGUAUGACAAUUGAAGUGAGAAGUAAACGAGUACAAAUUACUAAUGCAGUACUUUCUUCACAGUCAUGA